CUCCUCUGGCCCUAAUUGCUUAACACCACCCAAUCACAUCACAUCACUCCAGACUGGUCCUGUCAGAGCCGGAAGUUCCUUAAAUCACUUGUGAGCUGCUCCACCUUGAAGAACCCUUGGUGUCUUGAAGACUUCCCUGGAACUACCAGGAAGGCAGCAGCAUGCAGCUGGACCAGGACAUCUCCUGCUCAAAAGUGACUUACGUGAAGGGCAUCCCACUCCUCAAGCAAUUUGCAGAAGCCAUAGAGCCACUGCAGAGCUUCAAGGCCUGGCCCGAUGACGUGCUCAUCAGCACCUACCCCAAGUCUGGCACCACUUGGGUGAGUGAGAUGCUGGACAUGAUCUACCAGGGCGGUGACCUAGAGAAGUGUCACCGAGCCCCUACCUACGUGCGGGUGCCCUUCCUUGAGUUCAAGCACGAAGGGGUCCCUUCAGGGCUUGAGAAUGUGAAACAUGCCCCUGCCCCACGGCUGCUUAAGACACACUUGCCUGUGGCCCUGCUCCCCCAGACUCUGCUGGAUCAGGUCAAGGUUGUCUACGUUGCUCGAAAUGCAAAGGACGUGGCUGUGUCCUAUUAUAACUUCCACCAAAUGGCCAAGGUGCACCCUGAUCCAGGCACCUGGGACAACUUCCUGGAGAACUUUAUGGAUGGGAAAGUGGCCUAUGGGUCUUGGUACCAGCAUGUGCAAGAGUGGUGGGAGCUGAGCCACACCCACCCCGUCCUCUACCUCUUCUAUGAGGACAUGAAGGAGAACCCCAAAAGGGAGCUUCAGAAGAUCCUGGAGUUCCUGGGGCGCUCCCUGCCUGAGGAGACCAUGGAUCUCAUCAUCCAGCACACGUCCUUUGAGGAGAUGGAGAAGAACCCCAUGGCCAACUAUACCACCAUACCCCCUGAUGUCAUGGACCACACAGUGUCCCCCUUCAUGAGGAGAGGCAUGGUGGGAGACUGGAAAAGCACCUUCACUGUGGCCCAGAGUGAGCGCUUUGAUGCCCACUAUGCUGAGAAGAUGGCAGGCUGCAGCCUCCCCUUCCGCUGGCAGCUCUGAGAGCUGAAGGAGGGAACUGUUCCAGGGGGUGUCAGUAGGCCUGACCCUGGCCUCAGGAAUAAAGUGCCAUGUGCUCA